GCAAGGGAACAUACAGACGGUUCUGGAAGGAGAAGCUGAUUAUUGUAAUCGUCUGGACUAUAAAUUUGUGAGGAGGGUGACGUGCGAAUUUUGUUGCUCUGAAAAUCGCUUUCUAUUUAUUUUCAAUCAUCGAAAUAAAAAUCCCUAGACUGCGAAAUGGUCUUGAUCCAACAGGAAGAGGUUGGGACUGAAGAGAGAGUUGUGAAUCUGUCUGAAUCUGCGGAAACUGCAAAAUCGUCAGCCUCCUCCAAUGUCGAUGACAGUAAAGAAGCUUCCGAUGGCUUUGAAACCGCCAGCGACACUGAACUCGGCGGCGAGGUGGAGGAACGGGAACAACAACAUCAACAUCAGGAGCUGGGGAUUCCUCCGGGAACUGAUUCUUCCGAAGAGGCAUCACACGAUGAGGAAUUGAAACAGCAGAAAGCAUUGGCUCAAGCGAAUGAUGCAAAAUUAGAAGGAAAUGAGCUAUUCGGGGAUGGUCAAUUUGAGGAGGCACUAUCAAAGUAUGAAUUUGCUUUACAAAUGGCUCCAGAUAUGCCUUCAUCUGUAGAAAUUCGCUCAAUAUGCCAUUCAAAUCGUGCUGUAUGCUUUAUGAAAUUGGGGAAAUAUGAGGACACAAUCAAAGAGUGCACUAAGGCAUUGGAACUCAAUCCUGCAUAUCUGAAAGCUCUGGUGAGAAGGGGGGAGGCGCAUGAAAAGCUUGAGCAUUUUGAAGAGGCCAUUGCUGAUAUGAAAAAGAUUUUAGAAAUUGAUCCCUCAAAUGAUCAAGCUAGGAAAACCAUUCUGAGAUUGGAACCCCUGGCAGCAGAAAAGCGGGAAAAGAUGAAGGAAGAAAUGAUCGCUAAACUGAAAGAUAUGGGAAAUUCUUUGCUGGGCCGCUUUGGGAUGAGUGUUGACAACUUCAAAGCUGUUAAAGAUCCGAACACUGGUUCCUACUCUAUCUCAUUCCAACGCUAAGCUUUUCUGAGACUGGUCACGUAGUAGCAUUAAGCCAAGAAAGGUGCUGGCUGGAAUAUUACAGUUGUUGGGCUUUAUUGGUCAUGCAAGAUGAUCGGCAAAAUGCUAAUGUUAGCAGAAUGGGCGAACGUCGCUUAUAUUUAUAUCUGCUUCCUUUGGGAAUUUGUUGAUUGAUUUAUGAAUUACGAUGUCAAAGGAUUGUCACAGAUUAGUCUAUUACUCUCUUUGACAUGUGCUUAUAUGUUUCAGGGUUUGCGAGCACCUGUUAAUUAAUAUCACGUUGAGAGUUCAUAUGAUUA